CUUUCGAAUUCAGCACUCAGACCUAAGGUGUGGCAGACGGAACCAUUCUGUCUCCCUUUUUGAGAAACAGAGAAGAGAGAAAGGAAACAACUUGGAGUGGGAUCGGUUGUGUUUUCCUUUUGGUCCGACCUAGUGGAAAGGAUGAGAUAAGGAUCAGAGUUCAACAUUCAGGCAAAUACUGCUGAACUUGCAGGACUACGAAUCCCUGGCAGUGUAAAUAGUCCAGGAAGAGACUGCAAAACAAAGCUGUCGGCCUCAAGAAGUGCUUUGCAGUGAUGAGAUCUUGCUUCUUCUUGGCCAUCCUUUGCUACGGGGUGCUUGGAGAUGUCCUUCAGCUGGAGAAGAUGUAUGGAAGGAUCGCAUCUCCAGAUUUCCCCAACAUCUAUCCAAACAGCAAGGAGAGGACUUGGAACAUCACGGUGCCCCGGGGCUAUGCUAUCCGACUCUACUUCACCCACUUCAACCUGGAGUUGUCCUAUCUGUGUGAAUACGACUAUGUGAAAUUGCGUUCAGGAGGAAAUGUAUUGGCCACUCUGUGUGGGCACCAGAGCACCGACACGGAGGAAGCCCCGGGAGACAAGACCUACCACUCGCUGGACAACAACCUGGCAGUGACCUUCCGCUCGGACUACUCCAACGAGAAGGAAUUCACUGGCUUUGAAGCAUUCUAUGCUGCCGAAGACGUUGAUGAGUGUGAACAGCAGCUCGACGGUGAGCCGAUUUGUGAUCAUCACUGCCAUAAUCACCUGGGCGGCUUUUACUGCAGCUGCCAGGUUGGAUAUCUGCUGCACAGAGACAAGAAGACCUGCACCGCUGACUGCCAAAGCAGGGUGCUGACAACAAGGACGGGAGAGUUUACCAGCCCGAAUUAUCCCAACCCGUAUCCCAAACUCUCCAAAUGCCAUUAUGGUAUCCGGGUGGAAGAAGGAUUUAUGGUCAUCCUGGAAUUCGUGGAAACAUUUGACGUGGAAAGCCAUCCAGAAGUGCCGUGUCCCUAUGACAUCCUUAAGGUAAAAACACCCAAGCGUGAGUUCGGCCCGUUCUGCGGAGAGACCCUUCCUCCACAAAUUGAAACACGCAGCCACAUUGUGGAUAUUGAGUUCACAACGGACCUCUCCGGAGCUCACACUGGGUGGAAGCUCAGAUAUAACACAACAGCUCUGCCAUGCCCCAACCCUGAAGCACCAUCGAAUGGCCACAUCUCUCCAGCGCAAACACAAUAUAUUAUGAAAGACUCCUACCAACUCCUCUGUGAUACGGGCUACGUAGUCUUGGAAAACGAGAAGAUUGUGGAAUCCUUCACAGCGAUAUGUCAAAAGGAUGGUUCCUGGGACAAGCUAAUGGCUCAGUGCACCAUUGUUGACUGUGGCCCAGCUGUAGAUGCAGCAAAUGGGACCCUCGUCUACACCACGGGGCCUGAUGUUACCACAUACCAGGCAGAGAUCAAAUACACCUGUGAGAGCCCCUACUAUGCUCUGAAAGCAGGGCUUUCUGGCGACUACCAAUGUGCCCCUGAUGGCUACUGGAGAGAUGCCAAGGGAAGGAAAGCUCCUCCUGUCUGUGAACCAGUUUGUGGAGUCCAAUCAGCGAAUGCCCUGCAGCGCAUAUUUGGUGGCAAAAGGGCACGGCCUGGCCAGUUUCCUUGGCAGGUUCUGAUCACCGAUGCGCAAGGAGCAACAGGCGGCGGAGCUCUCUUACACGACAACUGGAUCUUAACAGCUGCCCACGUCCUCAGCAAUCCCGCGGACGCAUCCUCCCUGACGCUGAAGCUGGGGCUUCUGAACAAGCGUUCUCCCCGUUACCACCCAGCCUGGGCCGAAUCCGCUUUUGUCCAUUCGGAUUUCGCCAACAACGGCAUCAACUUUGACAACGACAUUGCUCUGAUCAAACUGAGACACAAAGUCCCUAUCAAUGCCAACAUCACCCCGAUUUGUUUGCCAGGAAGAAGCGGCAGAUUCCACGUGAACACGAGCGACAUCGGAGUGGUGGCUGGGUGGGGGAAAACCGAGAAAAGGAGGCAGUCCCCUUUAUUGUUGUAUACUGAGCUACCCGUUGUGGAUCCCAAGAAGUGUAAAGCUGCCUACGCCGGCCAUAGCUUGGAGGGGAAGCCACUAGUCCUGACGGAAAAUAUGCUUUGUGCCGGGUACGACCACGGGGGAAACGAUUCUUGCAGCGGAGAUAGCGGUGGCUCAUUAGUAUUUUUUGAUUUGGACACCAGGACGUGGUUUGUUGGUGGUGUUGUGUCCUGGGGGUUGGAGUGCGGGGCUGCAGGGCUGUAUGGCGUGUACACUAAAGUCAUGAAUUACAUCUCAUGGAUUGAAGACACCAUUGCACGCAAUUCUUAGGAAUGAUGUUAUUCCAAUAAAAUAAUACAUUCCUCUAUUGCAACGCAA